AACACUGUCUCUCCUCUCUCACUUUGCUUCCAUUCGCACGCCCAAGCACACUUAGUUCAAUGGCGACCGAUCCCAUCACCGACUUCUCUCGAACCAGACGCAUCGUCUUCCUCAUCGACCUCGACCCGCUCCUAGGCCUCCAAGCCCCACCGUCUCCCUAUCUCUCCUCUCUCCUCUCCUCCGCAAGGACCCUCCUCUCCCUUCCUCUUCUCUCCUCCUCCCUCUCCUCCUUCAAAUUCUUCUUCUCCUCUCUCUCCCCGAUCCUAUCCUCCUCCAAGAUCCCCGAUUCCCCUCUCCAGCUAUCUUUCAACGGCCCCGCGGCCACUCUCCGGUCUCUAACCGACUCCCUCGGUUCCCUCUCGAGCAGUGUCGCGGGUUCAGCAUCGAGCCCCGGGCUGCGGGCGGCGAAUGUCUUGGCCUCGAUGCGCCAGCUCUUGCACGACUACGCCUGGGACCUCGUGGUCGACGAGGAAGGUUUGGGCUCAGCUUCGUGCGGUAAUUAUGCUGUUAGAUCUAAUUUGGUCGUUAUGUUCUCACCCGUGUGUAGAGAUAGGAAAUCGGGUUGUGAAUUCUUGGGAGUGGAGAUGGAAGGCGAGGCGAGGAGCAAUGUGGAUUGGCUGUGCGAUAAAUUUCACGGGUUUUUUAAGAACGUCAAUGAUGCAUUUGUUUGUAAAGAUAUUCAUUUUAGCUGGGUUCAUGUGAACUGUGAACUUGAACGUGAAACGAAAGAGGUUGGGGACGAAGAAUCAGAGUGGUUUGCGGCUUUCAAGGAUGCGAUUAGGCAAACAGGAUGGGGAUUUUGUUCGACUAAAUCAAUUGUGUUGGGUUCUGCUCUUGUGCCCUUUGGAUUGAUAUAUCCCAGAAUUGCCAUUUUGUCAAGAUAUUUUGACAUUCAAAAUCACGUUAAAGGGACUCGUGCCACUUUGGGCCUUGAGAUUUUAGAUGUGAAUGGAAAGCCAUUGGAAUGCAAAUGCUGUGAGCUAGAAUUGAUUAAGUGGAAGCCGGUGCAUAGAUAUGAAGGUAAAGAAAUUUUGUUAUGUCCAGCAUCUAGAAGUUUGAGAGCUGGGCUUCAUGAAGGAAAGUGCACAUCUAUGGAACAGUUCAUUGAUGGAGUCACAAUGAUAAAUGUCAAGACAGUUCAAAAGCAGGAUAAGUUUGCUAAGUUCGAUGGGCAAUUUUCUGAACCAAUUCUUGUAUGUGAACACUCGAGGAAACACAGGAUGAAUCAGACUUCUGGUAGCAGCGGUGACUUUUUGGGAGAUAAGGUGCUUAAAAUACUGGCAAAAGAGUCAGGCGAGCAAGUGAGAAGAACCCCUCCUAUAUGGCAAAUUUUAUUGAGUUUUAUAUACAGGGAAGGUUUUUGGGCUUUGGUAUCACUUAAAAAUGGGAAUGGAGAUUCGGGUAUUGGUAUUCUUAAACCGUUCACCAUAUCUUCUGCUCUAUUGUUUCUUCCAAAGAUUGCUUCUUCACCGAACAUGGAAGCAGUGAAUCCAUCGCAGUUUGCUGGUAAGCAGGAUAGCAAGAUGCUUAGGUCCAGUCAAGAUAUGCAAGACACAAAUGGGUCCAAUGACUUACAGGGUGGAUCUUUGUCCACUAAGAAUCACAUCAAACUAGGCGAUAGUAAAAGGAAAAAGAACAGAGAGAGCUUGCAUUUCCUGCAGAAUCUUACUUGGCCUGCCUUCUACCAAAGUGCAUUUGAAGGUUUAGAAAUGAAAUUAGAGGACUUAUACUUUUCCAGGGAAAUUGAUCAGUCCAAAAAGUUAAAAUUUUUGAAAUGCUGGAUGAAACAGGUUCAAAGAGCUAUCCAGCCUGGCCUUGUCUCAGAUGGAUCUGAGCCUCAAGUUCACAUGCCAGUAGAAAUGAAGAACAGACAAGCAGAAACUCCAGAAGUGAAUGAACAGCCAAUCUCUGCGUGUGCCUCCUGCGGAGAGGAUUCUUUGACUGCAGUUUCUAGGGUGCAAGACGAAGUUGCAUGUGGAAAUGAUAUGGGAAGUGCAGAAGAUUUCCUCAGUAGCGUGCCCAGUAAGAUCCGCCAAGGAAUUGACUCUGAGGGGGUAGACUUGGGGGCUUUGGCAGAACGGCUUGUGAAGUCCUGCACUUUCUAUUUAUACCAGAAUUUUGAAUCCGAAAUUGCUGCAGAGAAUCAGUGCAGCAGGGUUGCUGCUGAGUUGAUGAAACUUGUACUUUUGGAUCCGAAGGACUUCACCGAAAAGAACAAAAUCAGGGAUCAAUCCUGUCCAAAGUCAGACUCAACUGCUUCAGUGUGUGUAAUUAGAGAAUACGAAUUGCAGAUAUUUUUCCGAAUGGAAAUACUGCGCUUGCAACUAGCAACCACAUUGAAGGAGUCGGUGAAGCUAAAGUUUGUAAAGCAAAUAUGCCUGUUUUUGGAGUGCAUCCAAUGCCAAAUGGAGGGUGGCUUUUUUGGUGAUUGGAGCCUUCAUAAUUAUGUGGGAAAGAUUAUCAAGAGCAGAUAUUUUACUGAUCUAGAGGAGGUGGUCCAGCGCAUCUAUUCCAAAAUGGAUUUGCUAUUAUUCCAUGAUGUGGAAGCUGAGUUGCCCAAUUUGCAACUCAAUAGUCAAGACAGCAGUAAAUCCUGGAGGGGUAACACAGAUGAAGAUAAAUUGGACAAAAACGUUCAUUCUGAUAGAUCGGUUUCAGGUGAAAAUGAAUUAGAUGAACAAUGGCAAGGCGACGAUGCCAGAGCGAAUCGUGAGGAGCAUCUCCGCAGAUUAAAUGAAGCUCAGGAAAGAAGAGAGAGAGCUCGGAGAUUCGCAUCAUUCACAAGUUGGGCACCGGAUCUGCAAAGGGUCUGGGCUCCAAAGCAUCUCACGGGCAUGAAGAAUCAGUCCGAUCCUAGGAAAAAGCUACUGAAGAAGAAAGAUCGAACCAGGACGACCUGUGACAUGGUUUCCGAGACUCCGAUGACCGACAAUAAACGCUACUGCCUGCGAGCCAACAGUGGCAAGAAUAAGCAGGAUCCUUCAUUACCUUUGUGCGGUUCCGUUUCGAAGGCUCUAUUUUCAGACGACAAAUGACACAAGCCAUUGCGAAAAUUCCUUGGCUGGCCUGACUAGCAACAGCUUCCUUUAAUUCUUCAUUCAUAGUCAACAUGGAGCACAUGCAGCUGUGACCCUGAAAACUUGUACAUCUGUGACCGAUCUUUUCACCAUCUUCUGUACAAUGAUUUGUUUCGAUAGCUGAUUCAAAGUAAUUAUAUUGCUGAGCUUUGGUACAACGAUCUUGUAGUUCUACUGGAGCAUGACUGCUGAACUUGUACAUUGUGAUU